CUCUUCAUUUGAUAAAAGUUGAGCCAAACGGCGAGCUGGCGACUAUUUUCCUCGCCUCACGUUACUGGACUCAUUCACUCAUCCCGGUUUUGCGUUCACCUCGACUUCACCACAGCUUCUCGGCUGUGCCUCAACCCACACACCACUCAACAUUGCCUCACCAAAAUUCAUCGAGUGACCCUGUACCGCCUGACCGAGUGCAUCGCUCGGCAUGGGAGAACCUGCAGAACGACUUCGGUCGUUCACAUGGCCCAACGACAUCGAGGAGUCUGCUCUCAGGCAAAAGAAGGUCAGCCAAACAAUUCCGGUACAUACGGAGUUUCGACGCCCAACUCACAGAAGAGAGAUCGCCACGCUCGUCAAUAGUAUCUACAAGGACACGGGCGGUAUCGUGGCAGCUCACUGGGACCAAAAAGAGAUCAAGCGCUUCGACGUGUUUGUUGGUGCGGGGUCCAAGAGUGCUGUUUCUGCCGUCAACAAGUGGAUCGCAAGGGGUGACGAGAAGAGUAUAGAUGCGGCAGCAUGGGCCAAGCUGCCUGCCUUCAAUCACGCGCAGUGGUACCAGGAAGAGCUGGAGCGCCAGGAAGAGGAAAGACUGGAGCUGUUCCUCGAACCAGAGCCUGAAGAGCAGGAGGGUGAGCAUGUGCGAGUGAAGAUCUUUGUUAGCUGGCCCGACGAGCUUCUCGACUACGAGAUCACACCCCGAGCUGCAUUCGGAAACGAGCUGCAAGCCUUGAACGACAUCAGGAAACAAGAUCAGGUCUGGAUCACUCUUCUGCCAAGUCACAUAAUCCAGAUCAGUGGCUACGACAUCCUCAAUUGUGAAGUAGCGGAAGUUCACUACAAGACUAUGGUUGAGAGGAUCCGCACUGAGAAGUGUAACGUCCAGCAAGCGACAAACUUCAUCCUGGAUGAACGAGAAGGCAUCGAGAUCAUGCUCCUUAGAGCUGAAGAUUGGUGGCCAGACCGCAGCGAUUCGGUGGUUCCGCGUUUGCUGCCAUCUCCAAUAAUGUAUGAGCCUGGAAGCUUUCGCGAAGAUGGUGUCGACGACAUUUCACUAGUUGAAAUUCGGGACCCUAUCAGGCGUGCGCUUGAGAUAGCAAGCUACAAGAAGGGGUCAUAUGACUUCGUAGUCCGCCUCGGCUGCAUCGCUCUCGAUUCACAGAAGAUGGGACAGGAGCAUAUUGGCAAGAAAUAUGGCAAAGAGAAAUUCAUCAAGUCCAUCAACGGUAAGGUUGACUUGGGGCCCAAGAGAUGGCUUCUUGACAAUGUACUUGGGACGCAACUUUAUCACCGACUCGUUGCUUCUAAUGAGCUCCUUCAACCGAUCAAGUCUGCUGGGUACUGGGGUACUAUGCCUGCCACCUUAGAGAAGACAUGCCCAGUCUUGCGGACAUGGUGGAUUUUCAGAGAUCCCAACAGUUUCCAAAAGCAAACGUUACCACCUGCACGCAACGUUGGCAGACCAACGCCCAUACAGCAGGCUUCGCCGGCAGCAGUAGCCAGCGCACCGAGCAGCCUGAUAGUGGUCCAGAUCGAUUGGACUGACGAUGGAGAAGGCUCCUACGAUAAGACUGAGACCAAGUUCUUCAGGCUUGAGUCUGGCAAACGCGCUCCAAAGAUGAAUAUGGAAAUCAACUUGUUGGAGCUGGGAGAGUCAAGGGCAUGGUCGUUUACUUUGGAGUCCAUGACUUUGGUCUCGCGCUCGACUGUACCCCCGGUCCUCACGGGCUUCGCGCAACGAACAACUAUGAAGCAGGGCUAUGAUUUGACUUCGACGCAGAGCUUCGCCGAAUGGGACCGAAGCCCCAGUGUUAUGUCGUUACUGAUGACUCGGCGCACUGAGAAGAUCUACUCGUUCGGUGUCCAGGAUACAUGUUACAAGGCAGAAUUAACAGCUAUGUGGUAUCCCAGCCAGUCUCUUCCAUGCUGGGGCCUCGCCGUGCGUCAUACCGAAUGGGCGACUCAUCUUGCCGAGCUCGAACGACUGCCGACCGGGCACCAGGCCAAUUGGGGCGACACCAUCGCGAUCUUCUUACCGGAAGACGGCGGCUCUUCGAUCCGGUCUGAGGAAAACGGCGACUUCGACGUUGAUGGACUGAACCUCAACGAUGGCGUGGAGAGGCCGCAACGAAGCUUGUCUCGUGAGGGUAUCCGUAGCUUGGUAAACGUUCUGCUGCAGCUUUCUGAGAUCGUCAGUUCGGUCACGCUGGGUAAGAGGGAGUCCAAAGCUGAGGCGGGGCCGGACUUUCGCAACUAGUGAACCAUGAAGGGCUGAGUACCUCCAGGCUGGAAUGAGCGCGGACAAGAGGUC